UUUAACAAACUGGAAGAGGUAAGCUGUGUUUACAUUCUGCACGUGUUGUUUUGUUUUGUAAACUGGGAUUUCUGCAUGGAUUUCUGACAAAAAGUCCUAUCUUGCUCUCAUGUAUACUUAUAAGGCAUAAAAAAUACUAAUUCAUUCUUGUUUGUUUUUUCUAUAACUACUAUAAAGGCUAAUGUGUCCAACAAUCAUGGAAGUGGAGGAAAAAAAACCUAAAACUCUGGAUAAAAGUGUUUUAGAUUUAUUUUAUAAACUAGCAAACGAAAAUUCUCAAAAUAGAAUUGAUGCUUGCUUGGGUAUUCUUCGUUCUUUGUCAAAUAAACAAGCACAGGAGAAUGAUAAAGAUGAUUUGCACAAAGAUUUAAAGUAUUGCAUUGAAAGACUUAUAAAAGGGCUUGCUUCUCCCAGAGGUGCUGCAAGAUUAGGAUUUGCUUUGCUCCUAACUGAAAUUUUAAAGAAAUUCACUAUCAUAGAAAUUGAAGAUGUCUUAGAGUUAGUGAAACAACAUUUAUCUUUUACUCCAAAACAGGAAAAACGUGACAUUGUGUUUGGACUAGUUUUUGCCUAUUCCUCUCUUGUGAGAUCAGGUAGAUUGGCAAAUCACAGUCAUUUAUCCUUUAUAUUCUUGAAUAUAUUUGAUUUGUGGCAAGGGAGAAACUACAUUGUAAAUACUUGUUAUGAAAUUAUAAAAGAACUAUUUGAUCAACUUCCAUCUGACACUUUCAAAGAAAAAAUAUGGCCUCAUUUAAAAGAAAAGUUCAUUGGUGGAUGGGACAAAUGUACUCCUGACACCUUGUGGAUUCUUUUGCUCUGCAGAAGAAUGUUUCCAGAAAUUGCUAAUGAGAAGUAUUUGAAGAAGAAAUUCAAUACUCGUGACAUACUUUCUGCAGACAACUUUGAAAAUGUGAAAACAUUCAUUAGACAAACUACUUCUUGUCUGCCAAAGCUGCAUCCAUUGUGUUCUGAAAUUCUAAUUAGUUGUCAAAAUCAUAAGAGCCUGAAGGAAGUUUGGGUUGCUUUAGUUGAUGAUAACUUAUUUGAAGGGGACCAAACAGAGAAAUCUUUUGUUGGAUUUGAGAUGGUGAAAUUUAUUUUACAGAACAUGCAAAAGAAGAAAAUUGUAAAAGCUGCGCUUUCUCCAAAGUUUCGUGCAGUGUUUGCUAGAAGUUAUGUAAAUAUGAAGUCGCCCAUAAAUUCUGCUUCUACUCAAUUGGCAGUCUAUUUGAGCAAUUUUGCUAAAGAUAGUGAAGAUACUGAUGUCCAAAUGCUUAUUCUGAAAUUCUUUUUACAGCCACCAGGAAAUAUAUCACUUGAUCAAUUACUGAAAAAGAAAGAAAUAUCUUUGCUCGUUCAAAACCUUUUACCAGACGCAGUAAAAAUAUAUUGUGAAUUUUUGAAAGCUAUUGCAUUGAAGAAAAACACUGACAAGGAUGAUGAUGAUGUUAACAUAACAGACAAUCAAAGAGUCAUUGCAGUUACUCAAAUUGGCAAUUUGGUGUCUCACGCAAAAAUCAUGACUGACAUUGAUUGGAGGAUAAAUGUGAUUAAGUUCUUGUUUUUGCAUUCCUUUUUUGCCAUUAAAGAAGUCACUACAGAUAUCUUACAUUGUGAUCAAGACAUAGGAGAAAUUCCAGCCAAAUUGAGAGAAUCUUUUGUGAAUGCUUUUUUCAAAACCUUGACCUCUCUAUAUCAAAGAGUCGAUCAGCAAACAUCUCCUAUUCAACAUUCUCUUCAUUGUCUGUUGUUGUUGGUUGACUAUACUGAUCAACUUCUGUCAGAUAGUGUGCAUCUAAAUCCAUUAUUCCCAUUGGAGCAGGUACAAGAACCCUGGCUCAAAAUAAAAAGAACUAUUCACAAGCUCCAGAAACAGAGUAAAAAAGAUGGAAAAACCAAUGAAAGUAAUGCAUUUCUUGCUCUGUUUUUGGAGUUGGGUUUCCAUGUGUUUCAGGAUUCAAGUAUUGCUGAUGUUUUAGAGGAAUUGCAUAUCUGUUGUAAAAAGGCGUUAAGUAAUCGAAAGCAUUCAAGUGAACAGCCUGAGGAUGAAAAUGAGCCACCCUGGGUCGGAGUUGUUACUGAUAUAAUGUUAUCACUUUUGUCCAAAUCAUCUCAUCACCUACGACGACUUGUUACAUCCGUAUUUCAUUUAUUAUGCCCAUUUAUUACUCAAGAAGCUUUACAACAAAUUCUUGUUGUGAUACAUCCCCUGAAAUCCAAUGAAGAUCCUAUGUUAGUAGAUGAAUCUGAUGAGGAAAAUUUAAAUUUUGAGUCUGGUAGUAGUAGUGAUGAAUCUGAUUAUAACGAUCCAGAAAAUUAUAAAGUUGACGAAAAGUUCAAAUUGAAAGUGAAGGAAGCUCUAGGUUCUGCUGCAGAUGUUAGUGAUGCUGAAUCUGUUGUGUUAUCUGACUCAGAAAUGUUCAAACUAGAUGAUGCUUUGUCUCUAGCUUUUCGUGAGCGUGCUAAAACUGGUCACACUAAAAUGAGAUCUGAAGAUAAGGCUAUGUUAGAUUUUAGGCUGAGGUGCUUAGACCUAGUUGCCACAUACUUGAAAUCUGAACCACCUUUACAGUUAGUUUUACAAUGCAUUGAGCCUCUUUUAGCUGCAUAUGAGUUUAGUCAUCGUAGUGAGCAACAGAAUCAUCUACUUUUCAAAAUUGUGACAACUAUCGAAACAAUGACAAGAGUAAAAAAGUUUCAACAUUACGAAAAUGUUGGAAAGUCUGAUUUGAAAAGAAUAUUGGAAAUGCUUAUAGAAAAGUGCCAUAAAGAGGUCAAUGCAAAUGUGGCUAAUAAACUUUAUUCACUCUGUGUUUUUGUGGUUUCUUGUUUUAGGCGACUAGAAUCUCAAAAGUCUCCUGAAAAGAAAUCAAGCAAAACUCCUUCCUACCUUAAACUCUAUUUAUCUGCAUUGGAAAACUUUGUCAAAGGAAGCAGUAAUUUAUUUCCUCAAUUCUUUGUGUCACUGAUGCAAUCCUAUCCAGAUACUGCUUGGAACAUUAUGGAAAAAUUUAAAGAGUAUGCAUUUUGUAGUAGUAUUCGGAUGUAUAAGCAGACACAAUGCCUUGGAUUACUUUCUGAAGCUGUUAAAUAUGCUAAAGCACAAACUCCGAUAAAAACUUUUGAAUGGGUAGCAUUCUGUCAAAAUUUUGUGCCUGCAGUUGCUGGGUCACUGAAACUGUCUUUGACACAGUCAGCUAUCAAACCUGUAUACUUCACUGAGCUUCUAGAAGUGCUAAGUGCAUGCCAUUCCAUCUCUGAAGAAACAACAAAAACGUUGAUUCUCAGAGAUCAUUCUGAUUUGCUCCCACUUCUGGAACAAUUAUCCACGCAAAGUCAAAAGCGACUGUCUAAAAAGAGCAGACGCUUGUUGAGAACAGUGACACAGAAAUUAGGAGGAAAAAUAGAUUCCAAGAAAGAUAAAAAGAUGCCAAUCACACCAAGUCAAUCAGCACAAUCUUCUACAGAAACCACAAACUCAAUUGAAAAAUCUGAUGUAUCUUCAAAGAAGCGAAAGUCUACUUCUUUAGAGAAGAAGAAAAAGAAAUUUAAAACUGGGGAUAUUAGUGAAAAUUAAAUUAGUAUCCAAGUUUCUAAAA